AUGCCAAAAUUUCAAAUUCAACAAAUGACCUAUACUCACAUUAAACAAUUGCCAAAAACUCAAGUUCAACCAACUCAAGUUCAAAAAUUGCAAAAAAACUCAGGUUCAAAAACACACAAAUUCAAGUUCAAAAACACCACAAACUCAAGUUCAAAAAUGCCGAAACUUAAUUUCAACCAACACCCAAAUCUCAAGUUUAACAAUUGCCACAACCUCAUGUUCAAAAACAACAGAAACUCAAAUUCAAAAACACCAAAAACUCAAGUUAAAAAACACCACAAACUCAAGAUCACAAAACAGCACAAUCUCAAGUUCAAACACGACACAAACUCAGGUUCAACAAACACACAAACUCAAGUUUAA